UAACUUCUUGUGCUUUCUAAAUUUGAUUUAUUUGUCUGCGUUAUUGUUUAAUUUAACUAUGUCUACAACUCAAAGUACCAAAAACUGCAUCACUCUACGUGGCUCCGCACAAAUUAUUGUUGAAUAUUUAAAAUAUGGUAUUAAUUCAAUUUUAUUUCAACGUGGUAUUUAUCCACCCGAAACUUUUGAGAAUACACAGCAAUAUGGCAUAACAAUUCUAAUGUCGAAAGAUAAAAAGAUUGAAGAGUUUUUGUCAAAUGUCUUACAGCAAACGGAAGAUUGGCUUGCGAAAAAUAUGAUAGAGAAAAUUUCGAUGGUGAUCACAAAUGCGCAUACUAAAGAAGUUUUGGAGUGUUGGGACUUCAAAAUGCAGGCCGAAUUGGGUGAUGGCGAGACGGGCGAUGCUACAAAACUCACUUCGAGUAAAGAACUGAAACGUAUACAAAAUGAAAUACGCGAUGUUAUGCGACAAAUAUCCGCCACUGUCAGCUAUUUACCGUUGCUCGAUUGUAUUUGCACUUUUGAUGUAAUGCUGUAUACAUUGCAAAAUUGUGAGAUUCCUGAAAAGUGGGACGAGACCGGAGCAGUUUUUAUACAAAAUGCGCAAGCUGUUCAGCUGCGCUCCUUCUCGACUGGUUUACAUAAAGUUGACACCGUAGUUAAUUAUAAAAUGGCUUCCUAAUGUAGUUUGACAUCACUUUUGUUUUGCUGUUAAGUUUCUGCUGCACCAAUUAUUUUAAUUAUGUUAACUUACACAAUUUUAUAUCUCCAUUUUUGUAAUUCGUAUGUAUUGUACUUUACUUUUAAGUCCUGAUAACAAAUAAAAUUAAAAAUAACAAUUGUCAAUAUAUCAAAUUAAAA